AUGUUAGCGCUGCCCACACGACGUCAGCACCUGCCAACCAUACCGUCACCACCCUGCUCUCAACACCUCUAUCAACAACACGCACCCCAGACAUUCGCCUCUCAACCCACCUUCGACCAGAAGAUACUCAUCGACUACCUUGAGUCGCAGCAGUACCCUUUUGCCACCUCGACCUCACCCCUUAACUCGUACAUGAGUGGCGCAUACAGCACCGACUUUGCGAACCCGGCUAUCCGCAUUCAGCAGUCGACCCCUACACCACAGCUCUCCCAGGGCUUCACGCAGCCGUCCAUGCUGUCAGCCAGCAACGCCAGUUCCGGGCUCGAGUCCUGGAACAACUAUGGUAACGUGCAGUCACAGCCACUCCAGACACUCCCCCAGCGACAGAACCGUGGACACCAGCGCGCCUCAUCUUCUUCUUCAAUAGGCUCAAGUGCCUCGCAGUAUCAACCAGUCGGCCACGCCGCAGGCUACCAAUCUCUCCAGAACCAUCUCCCAACACCCACACAGACUCCUACCCAGGACUCAUUCAUGAACGCCAACAACUUCAACAACUACAGCCACAACGCUGUCAACAUGGACCACACCAUGUCUGCACACAUGUCGAUGAAGCAGGCGCUCAUGGAGCACACUGGUGAAGACGUCCCAGACUUUGCUCACUCAGCAGGGCAGUCGGUCUCCAGUUACGGCCACGACUCUCCAGCAACGCCACACACAGCACAAGACGACAUGGACCUCAAGAUGCCCGCAAAUGGUGAGACACUCAACAGUCGGAUAGACGCCUGGCUCUUCGACGAGUUCUGUACUUACAACGAGCCAGACAUGCGCCCCGUACCCAAGUUCGAGAGAACCUAUACCGACAUUGCUGCCGACACUGGCUUCUACGAGCCCAGCACUUCGACGACAUCAGUGCCGCAGUCGAAGCCAGCACAGCCAUCACUGCUGUCGCCAUAUCGCAGCAACACCAACGAGAACGUUCAGCGUGCGUUGCAGGCAGCACAGUUUGCACGCUCGCAAUCGCCAAGCAGCACCGCCUCGAGAAGUGACUCACCCUUCCGCAGAGGCUCACCCUACCGACAGCCUAGCAACAGCUUCACGUCACCCAUGGGCACUGCCAUGGCGAUGCGUGAGCAGAACCGCCAGGCUGAUGCGGCUUACGCAAUGAAGUCGCACAUGUCAGCUACUGAGGACGCUGAGCCCAAGACCAUCUCGCCCAAGGAUGCUCUCCUGGACUACAGGGAUACUGAUGAAGACUCAAAGGUGCCAUUAUUUCCGGAUAAUGGUGCUAACGAGUACGGCAACCAAUACACGGGUGGCGAACAAUACAAGAACGCCACGCAAUCCAAUUUCGACGCCCCUUCAUCAAACUCGUAUCGGCGCGAUAGCUGGAACACUCCUCAGUUCUCACCAAACUUCUCAACGUCGACGUCGUCGUCACUGCAGCCAUCAACCAACUUCAACUUUGCAACACCAUCUCUGCAGAGCAACAUGCAAGGCCUUUCGAUGAAUGCGCCCGCACAAUACCGACAAAGCGCCAACAACAUGUCAUCGAUGGUUGACCAAACGCCCGAGUUUCCUGCACACAUGACAUCUAUGGAGUCUAGUGCGAGCGAAGCGGAGCCGCCCAAUGGCAGCCAAAACAGCGUGCUAUCGGACCGGUACAUGAGCAAGCCAGCGUCAACGGGCGCCGAGUCUGGCACAUACUCAUGCACAUAUCAUGGGUGCUCGCAGCGAUUUGAAACACCGCAGAAGCUCCAGAAGCACAAGCGCGAGGGCCACCGGAGCGCCAAUCUCAGCACGGCUAUGACGUCGGCGGCUAUCCUAGAACGCAACUCGCAAGCGGGACCCCACAAGUGUGAGCGCAUCAACCCAACCACUGGCAAGCCUUGCAACACUGUCUUCUCCCGGCCAUAUGACUUGACCCGUCACGAGGACACUAUCCACAAUGCGCGCAAGCAAAAGGUGCGAUGUGCACUGUGCGUCGAGGAGAAGACGUUCUCACGCAACGACGCAUUGACAAGGCAUAUGCGUGUCGUGCACCCCGAGGUUGAUUUUCCUGGCAAGCAUCGCAGACGCGGCGGCAACCACGACUGA